GUGUCUCUGGUUGUUGCUCAUCUUCUCUUUAAACAAUAAAGACUAGUGCCUAGUGUAGAGGUUUAACCCCAUUUCUUUCUUCACUUUUCUGUGCCUUGAUUUCUUGAGUGAGUGUGAUUCAUGGCGACAGCGAAUGGGUCAAUCUUUGCAACUUCCGCCCAAACCUUUUCGGCCGUUUGUUCUCUUUCUGCCAAUAAGGGCAGUCAACUUGUUCCAAACCCACUAGCUAGCAAUUUUAUGGGUUCUUCACUGUCAAGAAGUAUCCCUGAGAAGAAGAAAUUUGUCAGAACCAGUGGGAAAGUGUAUGCUGCUGCAACUGUAGCCACAAACCCUGUGGAGGAAAUCAAAGAGUUCACUUUGCCAAGCUGGGCUAUGUUUGAACUUGGGAAGGCUCCUGUAUAUUGGAAGACAAUGAAUGGUCUUCUUCCCACUGCUGGAGAAAGAGUAAAGAUCUUCUACAAUCCAGACGCAACUAAGCUCGUUCCAAGCCAAGAAUUCGGUGUUGCAUUUAAUGGAGGUUUUAACCAGCCUAUAAUGUGUGGUGGGGAGCCAAGGGCGAUGCAAAAGAAACUUAGAGGAAAAGCUGAUUCUCCAUUAUACAGUAUCCAAAUAUGCGUUCCUAAGCAUGCUAUGAACUUGAUCUUUUCAUUCACAAAUGGAGUUGAUUGGGAUGGUCCUUACAGACUCCAAUUUCAGGUUCCCAAAUCUUGGCGAAACAAGCCUAUUGAAUUCUUUAAUGAGGGUCUAGCAGAGGAGUUGAGCAAGGAAGGUGCAUGUGACAGAGCAAUAUUUCCAGACACAAGCAUAAUCGUAACAAGAUGUGCUAUGAUUGGGAAUUUGUCAGCUGAAGGGGGCGAUCGUUGCGACCUAAAUCUUGUACUGGGAUGCACAGACCCUAGUUCGCCAACGUACGACCCUUUUGCCAAUGUAGAUGAUGGAACUUGCCCUAUUGAUUCAGACUCAGAGUAGUAUUUUGCAGCUUUUUCCUUGCUGAAUUCAUACACAGAAAUUUCACUUGAACAUUCCAAUACCUUGUACUAAGCACUGUCUAGCUCCUGGUAGUUGUCAUUAUACUAUUGCUAGCAAUUCUUGUAUUGGUCUCUCGAUUGGCCAUAUAUGUAUAGGGGAAAGAAAGAACAAUGCUAUUUAUCAUCAUAUACGUAACUGCUAAUAAAGUAUUACUUGUAUAAUA